AUGGCAUUGGCCACGCCCAGGGACCGGCUGCCGGAGUCGGCGCAGUGGUCGGUGUCCUUCGUGGAGGCGUCGAAGGCCCAAGCAAAGAGGAAGCAGGAGGAAGAGCGCUUCAAGCGGUGGAACGCUGGAAAUCAUGACAGCACGGACUUCUUCAGGAAGAUGGGUCAGACUGUGGCAGACACCGAGAAGUACAAGGCACAGUGCCGAAGCGCGGCACUGGCCUCGCCCAGUCGUGCCAAGGAGGAGAAGGUAAGCCUGGAGUGCACCACGAGGCACAUAGACUUUGCCAAGGCGUUUGCAGACUUCAGCAACAUUUGCAUCAACCAGGAUGCUGGCGAGAAGAACAUCAACGCAGAUGGCACUGUGGAUGCGCCGAAGGGGCUGCAGCAUCUCAAGGUGCAUAGCGCGGCGGAAAAGCGCAGGCAGCAGGACGAGGCCGAAGCUGCCGCGCUCGAGGAGGCGGCCCGAGCACUGGCCAUGGUCACCUCCGGCGAGGCCAUUGCCGCGGAAAGGGAGGAAGAGGAGGAAGCCGCAGUGGUGACGCUUCCAACAGGCACCACGGCUGUGGCGCCUCUGCCCUCGGCGGUUUCCACGGAGCUGGAAGUCCCGCCGGACGGGGCUCUGGGGCUUUGGGGCUCUGGGGCUUCGGGGAGGCGGGCUUGA